GCGUGAUUGUUGCUAUGGAAACACUUUCUUGCGUUGAUAAAUUUACCAUUGUCAGUCUAUACUCGAAAAUUCAAAAGCGUCUCAAUCAUGUCCGAAAAAGAUUUAAUUUCAUCUUCAGUUGUGUGCACUAGUUCUUCCGAAGGACAAAGCGAAGGAAGUGUGGGUAGUGGGGGCGACAUUCUAUCUGAAAAACCAAGUAGUUCUCCUUCCUUCGACUCGGAGCUAUACAAUUAUCAAGCCCUGCAAGCACCUGCCGAGGAGGGCGUAAGAUAUGAAGUCUUUGAUGAAGGUGCAGAAUAUCCGCAGGAUGAUUACGACGUUCUGGUGUUGGCUCCUGAGCACCCUCUGCUCAAAAAUUUUCACCACGCCAUAUCCAAACUACUUGCUAAGCAGAAAGAGCAGCUCACUAUUGACAUCAAAGAGUUGUCUACAAAAGUUAAAGCUCAGCGCCGAGAAUCAGACGAUGCUGCUGAGAAGCUAUAUGUGUGCCAACAAAAUGUGAAUCGCCAACACGCACAACUCGACAUAAAAACUGAAAAUGCAGCAGCUAACAGUGAAAUCAGGGAGGAGCUGGAGAAAUGCACUAAAGAACUUGCUGAUAAUCACAGGGACCAAACCAAGGCGUUGCACGCAGCUCAGAUAUUUGAGAAAAAUCUGUGGAUUCUCUUAGGCGAGAAGACGAUGAAGGAUAAUUUAGCCAGAAAAGCUGAGGAGACUACCGAGUCAAAAAUUACUAUGAUGCAAAGACAAACUGAAAAGGCUCAAGUUGAUAAAAAGGUGUUAAUUGAAGAGAAAAGAAAGCAGGAUGAGUUUGUCUACAGGCUGACAUGCCAAGUUUCAGAUUUGCAAACUGUGCUGGCAAAGUUGAAUCAUCAGAUUGCAGCCAAGGACAAAGAGGAGAUACAAUUAAAGCAAGCUGUCAAAACGGCGGAGCUAGAGUUGGAUGAACUUGAUCAGGACCAGCACCGCUUUUCACAGGUGUGGCAGCGACUUUUGGUCAGCGCCAAAAACAAGGAUGCGGAGCAAAUACGUUUAAACGAAAAGAAAAGUCGCCUGGAUGAGGAGUUGAAGAUUGCUCUAAAAACUAACGAAGAAUACAAAAAAGGUCUGGAAAUGGAAAAAGAAAAAAAUGAGCAGCAUUUGGCACUGUACAAGAAAGUGAGGCGCGAUAAGGCUAUUUUAGAAAUGCAGAUUCGUAGAGAGCAAAAGAGAAUAGAAGAUCUUCAGGAGCAAAUAGAAAAAAGUAAUGCUAUGGUAGGCAUGACUGAAGAUGACAUCAAAGAGGUUAAGAGAGCAUUAAGGUCAAAAGAAAGCAAGGUGUCAGUUUUGGAAGUUGAGAUUUUGAACCUGAAGGGUUCCAUGUUGGACUUGGAAAAGAAGAUACUUGAGGCUCUCAACGAGCAGGCGAUGCAAGACAAGUCUGUACAAUUCAUGAUUAACAAAGUGGACGAAUUGAUCAUAUUCUUGGAGGAAGAAGAAAAGCAGAAAGCCCAGAAGGAAAUGCAGUUAGCUCAAGCAGAGCUGGAAGUGCAAAAACUAAAGCACGAAGAGGCGCAAAUAAGAGAAUAUUUGAAGCAACAGACAGAAAAAGUGGAUCAUGCCAACAGCGAAUUGAAAUCAACUGAGCAGGAUCUCAGGAAAGCACAAACAGAACUAUUAGUGAAGCAGGGAAAGUUAGACAAGAUUAGUGUUAAACUCGCCAAGCACACAGAAAAGAACGGGGACCGGAAUUUUAUUGAGACGCGAAUUCAAGACUUGGAGGAUGACAUCAAAAUAGUGUCAGCAGAAGCGGAAAAAAUGCAAAAAAUCAUAUUAAGAAAGGAGGUUGCGUUGAUGGACAAAAAUGAGAAAGUAGAAAAGUUUCGAGCCGAGAUUCAAAUGCUGCAGAGAAGUUUAGAUAAUCUUCAGUACAAGUCGAAACAACAAGUGGGCGAGUUAGAAAAACUGAAUGCACUGAAAAGUGUGACAAACAAGAACUGCGAGUGUCAAGCACUGGUAUUGUCAAAUGUUGACAAGGAGAUGGCGAAAAUGAAAGCAGAGUGCCAAAACCUCCAGAAGAGCAACUUGUUGUCAUUUGGCAAUAUUGAAGCUGCAGUCAAAGAAGAAGAAUCCAAAAUGCAAGAUCUGUCUGGAAAAUUGAUCGCUUUGGGUGACGAACGCAAGCAAUUGUACGACUGUCUGAGAAUGCUGCAAACAGACCAAGUCGAAUUGGAAAGUAAUCUGUCCUUGGCCAAUGAAACAAAGCUGUCUAUUGAGCGCGAAAGAGGAAGCCAGGGAGAAAUUUCAGCCAUGAAAACAGAAAUUCAUAGGAUGGAGGUGCGAUUGGGACAACUGAAAAGGGCGCAGGAAAAGUUGAAGUUGGAUUUGAACCAGUGCGUGUUGAGAAGGGACUUGAUGGUGGAUUCAAACAGAGUACGCAACUCUAAGCAGUCUGUGACCAACACAGCUUGGCUUAAGGCCACGCGCAAAUAUGAAACCCUCAAGUAUAACAACAAUCAACUAAAAUCUAAACUUGACAAGUAUGAAGGCGACAAGGUGUCUUUAAAGGUGAUAGAGAAGGAAAUAAAUGGCUUAGAAUCCGAGUUAGACAAGAAAAAGGGUGAGAUCAAAAGAAUUGCUGAGCCUCUGAAGACCAUGGAGAUGCAGCUUUACCACAUGCGUUUAACAAAGAAGGAGAAUUUGGAACAGCUGGUCCAUAGGCAAAGGAUUGUGCGAGGUUUGACUGAUGCGAAAAUAGGGAGGUACCGCACCCUCUGCAAAACCGAAUCUUCCUUGAUGACUGAAGAAGAGAAACAGAGGGUGACCCAUUCCAAUCUGAUAUCAGUUAUAGAGUCUCUGCAGCCAGAUUUCCCACAAUUUGGACCCCAACUACAUUCCACAAUGGCUAUGCUCAAGAGCAUCAAAGUGCAAUAUCAAAAUUUGUCAGCAGCACCGAGUGUGCACGAAACUGACGAAGCAUCUUCCGUACAAUGAAUAUGGGAGUUAAAAUUUUGUUCAUUGAUUACCUCGCGUUAUUGCUUUAUUUUCCAUCCGUCACUCCAGAUGACCAAUUAAUAAUGAAGUAAUUUUUCUUGCCUGGAAAAAAUUUUCAAAUUAGGAUAUUAAUACUUGAUAUAAAAUUACCUGUUCGAAGAAGAGUUAUCUUGUUUUUCAAAAUAAACUCAUGAGGGUGGAACACUUGA